GCACGACCACGGAGCUAGGCGUGGCGCCAGCGGAAGUGUCAAGAGACCGGGCGGAAAGCAGCGGGCGGCACUUCCAGGCCUAGCCAAGGCUGUUGCCAUGGAGCCCGCGGGGCUGUGCGGCCAGUGUCCCCCCGACGAGGCGAGGCCGGCACGCUACACCUGCCCCCGCUGCAACGUGCCCUACUGCUCGCUGCCCUGCUACCGGGCGCACGGAGCGUGCGCCGAGGCCUUCUACCGGGAUCAGGUGCUGGGCGAGCUCCGCGGCCGCACCGCCUCGCCCAGCCGUCUGGCGGGCGCUCUGCGCCGGCUGCGGCAGCAGCGCGAUGCCGAGGCGUCGGAGGAGCACCAGGGCCUGGGCGGCCUGUGGGAGCGGCUGCAGCCCGCCGAGAAGGCGGCCUUCGAGCGACUCCUAAACAGAGGCGAAGCCGGCCGGCUGCUGCCGCCAUGGCGGCCUUGGUGGUGGCGCGGAGGGGCGCGUGCGCCGCUGCUGGAGGAGCUGCGCGUGCGCGAGGAAGGCGCUGAGGAGCCCGCACCCCCGCCUGAUCCUGCCCCCGCCUCCCAGGACGUGCCCGAGCCCAUGACUGCACCCCCACCCGUGCCCAGCAACAUCCCCGCCCUGGCACGUCUCAGCGGUGGCCGCGUGCCCUCGCCCCUGCUGUGCUUCCAGCUGCCCAACGUGCUCUUCGCCUACGCGCAUGCGCAGGGCCUCUACCAUGGCGGCCUGGAUGACGACCCGGAACUGCUGCCGGACCUUUGCUCCACCAUGCUAGGGGUGGCAGGCGCACUUGGCGCCCGCCAGGCCUUCCGCUCCACACGCGAGGCCCUGCACGCAGCCGCGCAUGCGCUGCGAGCUGGCGCACACCCGCCAGGGCCCUUGGGCGCACGGGGCGCCAUGCGCGAGGCCGCGCGCCUUCUGCUGGGUGAGAGCGCGCUCCCUGGUGCGCAGAAGGGCUACACGCUGGCGGCGCUGGCGCAGAUGGCGCGCGCAUUCGGGCGUGCGCGCAGCCUGGUGCCGGCGGGCGAGCUGCGUGAACGCCUCUACCGAGCGCGCAAGAAGUGCCAGUACCUGCUGUCGUGGACCAACGAGCACGAGGACGCGCUCACACCGCUGGCCCUGGACUGCGCCCACGAGUACCGCGCAGAGGAGGAGGAGGCCGGCCGGGUGGAGACGCUGAGCGCAGAGCUGGAGCGCCUGUGGGGGGGCCCGCGCCCCCCAGCCCCCAGGACCCUGAUCCAGGAGCUGGCCUAAAGGCGCCCCCGCCCCUGCCCGAAUAAAGCCCCCUGGAGACUGAGUA